UGUGUGUUUGUGUGUGUAAAUGUGUGUGUCCGCUCGCCCAGAGAAGGGAGCGUCCAGUGACCAAGCCAUGACUGGCAGCCACACAGUCACAUAGCAGUUUUGCAUUUAGCAUUUGGAUCAUUCACACUUCCUGUUGGAUCAAUACAUUUGUUGUUGUUGUUUUUUUUACCCUGCUGGGGAAAGGCCGGACAGAGUAAAACAUCCUCUGGCACUGCCUCCUGGAACGCCUGAAACAUGGCACACGUCCAGAGGGUGCAGAAGAAGACCAGCACCAUGUCUCUGACCAUCUCCUCUUCCUCCUCUGCGUCCUCCUCUCGAGAGCGCUCCUCCGGCUCCUCCAGCUCCUCCUCCUCCACCCUACUCGCUCAGAGACACUCCAGCCUGGUUCAGCCGCUGUGUGUCAGCCCUCAGAGGACUCAGAGUCCCAUCUAUCAGCAGUAUUCAGGGAAUGGAGUGGCCCCUACUUUUGUUAAGUGCCUCCAUGAUGUGUCCACAGUGAAGGGUCAGUUGGUGGUCCUCGAGUGCAGACUGAGGGGGACUCCUCCCCUGCAGGUCAUGUGGUACAGAGAGGAUGAACAAGUGCUGGACUCUGAUGAUUUUAGGAUACUGCGCAAGAAGGCCAGCUCUGCAUCGGUGCCAGAGGAGCUGUGUACACUGGUGAUCACAGAGGCCUUUCCAGAAGACUCUGGUCUGUUUAAAUGUGUGGCCCACAACUCUUUCGGCACAAUUUCCUGCUCUGCAAUCCUGGACGUUUACAACGACAUUGAGGAGCAGCUGGAGAUCGAGGCCGAGCAUCAGCAGGAAGCAGUUUCUUUCAGACAGGAGAAGGAGGCGGCGUUCCAACAGGAGGCCUCCUCGUACAGACAGAGCAGCGAGGACUUUUCCUCUGAGCUGCCUGACUGCAUGAACCUCCCUCCUCCUGAGUGGCCCGAGAGCCCUCCAGAAGAUAACAUCCCUUUUGCAGAUUUUCCAGAACCUCAUCCGGCCAACCACUCCUGUGAAGAACCCUUUGGGCGCAGCGAGGAGGAGAGCGCCCUGAGCUCAGAGGGCCAAAGGUCACCAGAGGUCAUUGUCCGAGCCUGUACGCCCAGCCCUCCGCCUCCACCCUCACCACCACCACCAACCCACCUCAAGGAGGCGACCCAAGCAAGCAAGCUGUUCACCCCAAGCAAGAUCAGUUUCAGUUCCUCCCAGUCAGGAGGCAACAACAUGAACCUGUCAGACCUGCCUACUUUCACUCCCAGCGCCUUCCCUCCCAGCGCCUUUAACUAUGAGCGACCGAGGCAUUUUAUUCAAUCGCAGCCUUCCUUCCAGGCACCCAGCUAUGAAAGUGUUCUGAGGGAAGCCCAGGAGAACCAGAAUAACUCCCAACAGAACCUCAACAGUCCCCAAAUUAGUCAAAAUGUUAUGGAGUCACAGAGUCAAGCUAAAAUGAUGUCUACACAAAGCCAGUCUUUUUCUCAGACUCAGUCUGUCUCCAAGUCCUUGUCGCAGACUCAGUCCCAGUUUCAGUCGCUAAGCCUCAGUCAGAACCAAACCAAGUCUGUCACCCAGACCCAGAUCCAGACCCAGGCCAACGGCACCAGCAAGUCUUCUCCCUCCUCAUCCAGUCUCAGCUCUCCUGUUUCCACCCCGGCCUCCUCUGCCGCACCUCCUCUUUCCUCAGCUGCCCCCUUGCUCAGUCCCUCCGACUCCACCACCUCCCCCUCCUCCCCUUUCCCGGCCUUCUCCUCCUCCCCUCUCCCUCGCACCACAAUGCGUUCUACCAUCACCCUCACCCCCAGCAUCCCCAGUGCCACCGGCCUUGGCAGCGCCACCCUACCAGCCAACCAAGACACCAUGUCGGCACCUGCUGCUUUCCUCUGCUCUGUGCUGCCCUCUCAGUCCGCCUUCUCCCCCUUCUCCUCCUCCAAGCUGUCUCCCAACUCCAACCUUCCCCACUCAUCCAUUUCCCCCUCCCGCUCCCCACUCGCUCCAUCCAGCCCCCUCCUCCCCAUGAGGGUUUCCUCUUCUCCCUCUUCCCUCCCUCAGCAGCCUCUCCCAGUGUCCCCUUCCCUCCCUCGCUCCCCUCUCUCUCCAUCCUCCUCCUCUCUCACUCAGCCCAGCACUCCUAACAGUCAGAACAGAGUACCUCCUGCUGUGGUCUCCCUGCCCGCCAGCUACAAGGGGACGCCAAACAUCCUUCCCAAGCCCAUUCUGAAGAAGUCUGUAGCUCCUCGUCCUUCUUCCUCUCGCUCCACAGAUGAUGACAUCCAGGGCUCCAAAGACGCCCUCAUCCAGGAUCUGGAAAAGAAGCUGCGCUCAAAGGAGGCCAGGAGGAGAACCAGCCAGAAACUGUCCUAUGAGGAGCGUAUGGCUCGUAGGCUGCUGGGUCCAGACAACGCCACCUACAUGUUUGACCAAGACAAUCUGUCAGACUCACAACUCGACCAGCCCGAGUCACCGGAAGGAAAACACACAGGUGGACUAUGGGGGAGGCACCACUCAGGGACAGAUGAGAGGGCAAAUGAGGGUGCAGCUAUUCAGGAGAAAUGUUACGCUCCUCGCUUCCUGCAGAUCCCCUCAGACCUCACUAUGGAGGAGGGACGCUUCUGUAGGAUCGACUUCAAGGUCGGAGGCCUCCCUACACCAGACGUCUGCUGGUAUCUGGACGGUAAAGCCAUUCGUCCAGACGACUACCAUAAGAUGCUGGUGUGUGAAAAAGGGAUGCACUCAUUCAUCAUAGAGAUCGUCACAGUGCACCAUGCUGGAGUGUAUGAGUGUGUGGCCAGGAACCGAGCCGGGGAGAGCAGGUUUACCAUGAAGCUCGAUGUAUUAGCCCAGGAGGCUCUCCGUCCUCCCACCUUUGUCCAGAAGAUGUUGAACUCCAGAGCUCUCGAGGGCGACACUGUUAGGUUAGAGUGUAAAGUGGACGCGUCUCCUACUCCACAGCUCUUCUGGAAGAAAGAUAAAGACAUGCUACGCAUUGACCCAAACAGAAUGAGUCUGUAUCAGGACGGUUCAGGCCGGCAGUGCUUGUUGAUAGAGCGGGUGAUAAAGUCAGAUGCUGGUUGGUACACUCUGUCUGCCAUUAAUGAAGCUGGCAUGUCCACAUGCAACGCCAGGCUGGAUGUAGGCACUCGCACAGCCCCGCCCAUGAAAACGGCGCCCCCUGGCUCAAAGACGCUGAAGCUGCUGUCCUCUCUGAGCCAUGUUCCUUCUCUGACUGUGGAGAGCCCCGCCCAGCACACCGCCCCGCUGUACGAGAGUGAAGAGCUGUAGACCCACUCUGAACCCCCCCCACCCCCGUCACAUCCUCAGAUCACUACCACGCAUCUCAGAACUGUCAAACCGGGCCGGAGAAACUGUAUCAGCUGUCACCCAGAGGCAGAUAUAGUACUAAUGCUCGAGCUUUGGUUCAGAAUACAACGUUACGGCGCCGCAGCAGACGAGGACACAUUUCAGAAUGCUUCUGAGGCCGAGUUAGGUCAGGUUAAUCAAACAACCAACGUUCUGGUUGUAUUAUUGUACGAGGCCGAGUAACAGAACAGUUUUAUUUCAAAUUUCUUGAAGACAUUUUGCCCAAUUUUUAAGAUUAGGGUACAGUUUGUGACAAUCUCUAAAAGAAACUGUGAUACGGCAUUUAAGAUUUUUUUCCUCCAUCCAUUAGAUGUGUGUUUUAAAAUACUUGGAGGACACAGCCCUAACCAUAAGGAGCACUUGGUCGCCUCAUGUUGUCCAUCUGCCGCUGUUUGUCACUGCUGUGCCUGUCCUUUCCCUGUUGUUUAAGGCUGCAGAGCUCAUGUUUGAUACAUGCCUGUAAGCCUGUCUGCUCUGCCCGUCUGUCCAGUCUGCUCUCAGUAAAAUGGUUUGUCUCGGUCAUGGAUGUAUUAAUAGUCCUGGAUACGGUGUGGCAGAGUCAGCCCCGCUGCCAGUUUUAUCCCAGCAGCCAACCACAACACUGCGCUCCACAACCCGUUUUCCCCAGUGUACACGCUUCCUUUAAAUUCUUUAAAAACAGUUUCCAGCUAAUCUAGGUUAGAAAGGAGGAAGCAACCUAGAUUAACUACAGUACCCACAAUCCUACACAGCCAACAUCUAUCACUGCACUUUAAUUCUGGCACCUGUCCGCCUCCUCCAGCACCUGCUCUUUCUUUUCCUCCAGCUUGUAACUGAACGAGGAUACAUUUGUGUUUGAGCCUCCGAAUUUAAGUUUUUGUCCCAGCUGCUGUUGCCUCUGAUGAUGCGUGUCUGUAAAGCUCCAUUAACUGGAACAGAAAAUCCGAUUUUAAACUGACCCCCCCCUCCCCUCGCCCCUCCUGGUUUAGAUGCCACAACUGGUUACUGCUCAGAUUUUCUUCUGUGGUAUAAAUUCAGCUAUAUGUGUUUUUAAAGUUGGUUUCUGAUAUACGGUGUACGCGAAUUAAGCUAUUUAUUUGAACUGAAGUUAUUAGUUAUCAGUGUCGGGUUGCCCCUCUCUUGGCCUGAGAAAGGCUGCAAGCAGAGGUGUACAAUAUCCACGAGUUAGACAGGCUGACCUCCUGAUACCCAGCCUCUACUACUGAACCAAAACCUGACCUGCACUCAAACCAACACUCAGUCCUAACUUAUUAAGAAAAGUUUACAUUUUUCCAAAUCUGCAGUGCAGAUAAGACGUUUUUAAAUUUUACUCAAGAGGAGAAACAUUUUUCUCUCCUUCAAUGCAUGUAUGCAUCAUUAAUUCAGUAUGUUCAGUUGGAAAAUAGGUAUCAGUAUGUCAGCCUGUGCCCAAACUCUCCAUUUCUGACCAGAGCCUUCCAGAAAAAAAUCUACCGAGGCUUGGUUUGCCUGCUUACCUUGAAACUGCUUGUUGUUACUGCCAGACACAAACUAAUUUCACAAAAAUCUGGGAUUUUUAGCUGGAUCUGCAUGCAAACUGAAAAUCUGGUAUUUAACCCUGUGUGGCCACAGCUCGGUCGGCCCAUAAACUCUGAGACUAAGGUCACAAGAUGAAAUUCUUGUGGUUUAUAUGCAGAAUAUUUUGGCUGCAUUUGAACAGGAACAUUUAAACUGCCUUUCACUGGUUUUACACUGUAGUAUUUCUACAGUUUGUCACGUUGUUUGGAUCAAUAAGGGUUAAACAUUGGAUUUGCUUGAAGCACCAGAAUAGAGAUGGUAAGUUAGGUCCUUUCUGUUGAGAUUUGAAACAGCAGGUAUUCGUGUGAAGUACUGUUUGUUGUGUAAGAACUUCUACAUAUCACUGGAUGAAUGAGGAAUAAAGUUUAUGUGACCUUAGCUUUA